AUGGGGGACAUCGCAGGAAGUGCCAGCUGCCAAUCAGGAACCAUGCCCUACGUCCAGCUCAGGGACGGCCUGCCCAGAGGCUGCAUCCACCCUCACCACCCUCCGCAGCCCAGCGCACUGCCCCAGGCAGGCCCUGAUGUGGCCUUGCCAGGACCCAGCCCCAUCCAGUUCCCAGCUCUGCACUAUGCUGGAAAGAGGGUGGUUGCAGGUGGUCAGGCCUGCCUUCCUCAGCUGGUGGUCAUCCUCCUCCUCCCAGAAACCCGCAGCACUGGCCUAGGCAGCUCAGCAGUUCCUCCAGGACUGGGGGCUCAAGGAAGAGACGAAGGGUUGCUGCAGAGGUCCCCAAGGAGGCUUAGGAGGCUGCAGCCCAGCCUGGUCCCUGUGGGACUCAGAGCCAAACACCUUGGGACCCAGAAAGUAUCCCGACAUCCAGCCUGCUCUGUGCUGCCCAACCUCAAGUGUGAGAGCCAGCAGCAGCGACAAAAGGGCACCCUGAGAGUGUGUGGGGAAGAGCUGAAUCAGCCCAGCAGCAGCACCUGCUUCCCCUCCAGUGGCCCCAGGUGCCCAGGACAAGCCCCAACACCCAUGGCCCACAGUGGCUCCGCGGGAUCCAGUCCAAACCGCCCUUAUGGGGUCACUCAACCAAAACACCUCUCAGCCCCUGUGGGUGGCUCCGUGGAAAUUCCCUUCUCCUUCUAUCACCCCUGGGAGUUAGCCACAGCUCCCAACAUGAAAAUAUCCUGGAGACGGGGCGACUUCCACGGGCAGUUCUUCUACAGAACAAGGCCAGCUUUCAUUCACAAGGAUUACUCGAACCGGCUCUUUCUGAACUGGACAGAGGGUCAGGACCGCGGGCUCCUCAGGAUCUGGAACCUGCGGAAGGAGGACCAGUCUGUGUAUUUCUGCCGAGUCGAGCUGGACACACGGAGAUCAGGGAGGCAGCAGUGGCAGUCCACCGAGGGGACCAAACUCACCAUCACCCAGGCUGUCACGACCACCACCACCUGGAGGCCCAGCAGUGCAACCACCACAGCUGGACUCAGGGUCACAGAAGGCAAAGGGCACUCAGAAUCAUGGCACCUAAGUCUGGACACUGCUAUCAGUGUGGCAUUGGCUGUUGCUGUGCUCAAAACUGUCACUUUGGGACUGCUGUGCCUCCUCAGGUGGAAAAGAAGGAAAGAUAGCAGGGCGCCAAGCAGUGACUUCCGACCAACAGGGUGUGGAGAGACGGGAUGUGUAUUAGCCCCAGAGGAUGUGCUGUGAGACCCGCUUGUGAGUACUCCACACUGGCUCCCCAUUGGCAAGAUACAUGGAGAGCAUCCUGAGGACCUAAAAAAGGCAGAGCCGCAAGGCAGAAGGAGCCUGGGUCCCUGAAUCACCAACUGGAGGAGAGAUACCUACCAGAGCCUUCAUCCAGGAGCAUCCACUCUGCAGUGACACAGGAAUGAGGUCUGAACUCCACUGAAUUAAAUCACUGGCAUUCGGGGGCUGUUCAUUAUAGCAGUGCUAAGAGUUCCUUUGUCUUCCCCAAGGAUGGAAAACUACAAUUUAUUUUGCUUACCAUACACCCCUUUUCUCCUCGUCCACAUUUUCCAAUCUGUACAGUGGCUGUCUUCUCCUAUGGCAGGGGUUUUGGGGAAUAAACAGUGUGAAACGCUGCUGA